GUGCCAAGCGCUUGAGUUUAGUUUUAGUUUGCGCCAAGUCAACAGAAACUGGAACGACAUGGAAGAGGAAUUCUGCCUUGUCUGAAGCCAAGGCAGAGUCGCCAAGCCGUGAUUUGGGAAGUCCUCCCUUCCGCGAUUCAGCAGCCGCUUCUUUUUCCGCCAGAAGCAGAAGAAAGCUGCCGCUUCCGCGAUUGAUUGGUGCUUCCUGAUCUGCCGAGAGAGGCAGGAAUGAGGACUAGCAGCUGCCGAGGCGCGGGCGGCAGGUCGGAGUCUGUGCUCCGCCGGAGCUCGGAGGGCCAGGCGGGGGUCGCCUGAAGAGCCCGUGCCCUGUCUUCGCCCAGGUCUCGCAGAUGCGGCUCGGCCGUUAUGGCCCCCCGCGAACGGUGAGUGGAGGAAGGGUGCCUGUCCCGAGUUAGACCUUUGCUGGGAUAUCGAAGGCUUGCAAGUCAGAGGACGCCCGAAAGAAGAGGCGAGUGAAUGCUGCAGGAAUCCAGCCUUGGACUCUUGGUCUUGUUUCUUUUGGUUUGGAGAUCUGCUGAAACAGAAGUGAUUGGCAUAAUAGGAAGCAGUGUUGAAUUGCAGUGUGAUUAUCCAGAAGAAGACUCAUUAAGCUACAAUAGGAAUCGAAUAUUAUGGCAAAUAAAAGACAAGUUCUCAUGUUAUGUAGCUGGCUAUUUUCCUAAUGAAAAUAUGGAAAAACACCAAUGCGAAGAAUUCAAACGACGGACCCUGUUAAGGAAACCAAAACGAGGCAGUACUUCUUUGCAACUGUCAAACAUCAGCAUAGCAGAUGAAUUUACAUAUCACUGCAUAAUACAGAAAGAUAUAAAUGAAGAGUUUCAACCCAUUUAUCAAGAAUUCAUAACACUCAAAGUGGCAGCAAAUUACAGCAAACCAGUUAUAACAGGUCCUUUGCAGUCUGGAGAAGAAAUGACAUUUAUGUGCAAUUCAAGCCACGGCUAUCCAGAACAAAGGCUUUAUUGGGUAAAUGAAAUGGACAACAGCACCAUGAAUACAACUGUGCAGUUCACCAAAGAGCUUGAUGGGUCUUUCAGUGUAUUCAGUACAUUGAAGAUGAAAGCAGCUUCUUAUAUAAAGUUAAGGUGUACGAUUGAACAUAAGCAGCUGUAUCAAAAUAUUACUACCACAAUUGACUUUAAGAAUUCAACGAACAGCCCUAGAAUUGAUAACAAACAACAUAAUACAGCUGCAUUCUUCAGCGUUGCUGUUGUCGCAAUUUGCAUAAUUUUAAUUAUCAUCUGGAGAAUAGGGAAGCAUUAUCUUCAAACAACAUAUACUGCUCCUGUUGAAGUGAUAAAUUUCCAGAGGCCAUAAGUUCCUGGGAGGAAAUCAGCUGACACUGCAACACGACCUUGAAGAAUUCCCUCAGAUAUUGGACACAGUAUGUCUUAACUGUUGUGGAACUAAAUACUGAACUGUCGGUAACAAAGUUCUGCUAACGAAAUCCAGUUAUACAAGUGACUGAAAUCAACUUUCAGCUGCCUCUGCUAUGGGUUGGGAAUGAGACAAAGGCAACCUCAUGAAGACAUGACAGUCUUGGAUCUCUGUACUUUAUGGUGUAUGUAAGCCUUUAGAGUUAGUAUUCAUGGAGGAUAAGGCAAUCAGUGGCUGCCAGUCAUAAUGGGUAUAUACUGUGUCCAGGAUUGGAGGCAGUAUGCUCUCAGGACCAGUAGCUAUAAUACGGUAAUGGAAAGAGGCUUAUUCCUUACUUGUGGGUUUCCAACUGCUAUCAUUGUCUCUGUCAAAAAAAAAAAUGGUAAACUGGAUAAGCUUCUGUCUGAUCCAGCACAACUCCUGCUGUUUUCUGGUCUGUGUUUUGCCACAGUGAAGAGUUAGCAGUAGGUUCAUAGAUAUGAAGGCAGAAAACACAGAGGUUAUAUAGAGGUUGAAAGCACUUACUGACCAAAGCAAAGCAGAAAUGUUUUAACUGAAUGGUAUAAUACAGACAGGAAAUAGACAUGGAGAAGCCAAAAAAGAAAAGACACGUCCCCCCUCCCACAUUCUUCCCCAGUAGAGGAAUGAAAAUACUGAACAGAAUCUCAUGUUCCUCUUGCUAGCAAGCUCCUCAUUCUUGUCAUAGGCACAGACAACAUUCCCCAGAUUCAUCAACUAAUGUGCACCAUCCUGUCAAAGAAUCAAUUCCACAAUCAGUCUUAUCCAUAGAGGAGAGAAGUACUCUAAGACUUUAUUGAAAUUAUUAAUACUACUGUACUGAAACAUCACUUUGUUUAUAUUGAUGUAAUAUGGAUGUGCCAUGGUUAAAGGGUAAAGUUAAGGGUAAAGAAGCUAAAUUCCAGUUAGUAAUUUGAUGUUGCAUUAUGAUGGAGUGGGAGAGGCUAAAUAGUUGAUUAUCAAGCAACUUUUUAUAUGGACGAGAUUCCAAUCAAUGGACAUCUCACUGUUAUCCUAACCCUGGAAGGUCAGGAGGAGUUAGAUAUUCUCCCUUCUCUGGAUAUUUCAAUGAUCAAAAUUUUAUUACAUUUUCCAAGUGUAAUAAUCAAUUUUGUUUUCUCUGUAGAUUAAAUUAUCAAGUUUUUAAAAUGUAAAUGUUAUUUAACAGGGCAAGAUCCUUUCACGUUUGUAAAAAAAAAAAAAUCCCUCUAUAACAUUUGAAACUCACAGGAGUCUUAAUUAGGCAAAAGUCUUCUGGGUGUCUCUGUGACUCUGUAUGAAUUGGCACAAACGCCUUACUCUUGAGAAUAAUUUGCAAGACCCAUGUCCAUCAGGGAAUCUCAACCUGCUACAGAAACGAUCCCACAGUGAAAUAAUCACAAUGUGAUCAUGAGGAAGAAACUAAGGGGGAAGAAAGGGGAAUUCAGGGGAAAAGUGAAACCAAUGUUACUGUUGCUAAAUAUAAACCAUAGCAGAAAAACAAUUUCUCCUUGAGAAGGGUCAUACAAUAUUGUAUGUAAAUAGAAAAGGGAAAUCUGCAAAUAUAUUUAGCAUUUUAAUGAUGCAAGUUCCCAAGAAUUAUCUAUUAUUACAAUACACAUUUAACAAAAAAGUUGUGAAAAUUCCAUGCAGCUUUGGAAGUACAGAAUGCAAGUAUUGCUGUUAUAAUUAUUUUUCCAUUCAAAUUUAAAGCACCAUAAGCAUAUUGCUAGAUUGUUCCUGUAGGGAUGGAAAAGACAGCAUUUUCUAACCAUUUGUUUAUAAAGCCAUAGCAAAUGCAUCAGGUUUUAAGGGUACAAAUAUUCAGAAUAAGGCAUACUCAGAAAUGCUACCCUUGGUGACAUGAGCAAGUAUGAAUGAUAUUAGACUGUUAAAUGUCAUUUUAGACUUGUAUAUUUACCACAGACCCGUAACAAACAACUUAGAAAUGAAAGAUUUGGAGGAAUUCUUUAAUUCUAUUUAACAGUCUCCCCAUAUCUGAGCCUUUUCUGUUAGUGUGGAAUGUAGGAGUUGAGAAGAAAUAUAUAGAAUUUACCAGUAUAACUUGAUCUUGUAACGGCUUCCCAUUUAUUCAUGCUUCCCAGAUUGGCAGGAUUGCAGCUCUUGAAUCCCUUGAUUAAACAGCGUAUUCUGUUGGGAGCUAGAAAAUGUUUCUUCCACGUUGUAGUGCCUGUCCUCUGGAAUAGUAUCCCUUUCAGAUCUGUAUGGCUUCUACUCUGUUGAUAUUCUGAAAGUCCUUGAAAAUUUAUCUGUCCUCCUAGCCUUUGGGGUAGGAUGAUUGUUGAGCCCUUAUAGGUUAUGUUUUGUUGCUAUGUAUGGUUUUCUCUUUUGGGCAUGCGUGAUCUAUUUCUCAAUUGUUAUUGUUUUGUGCUUUUAAAGUGUAAGCCACCUAGAGUCAUUUGGAGUCAAGUGGUCUCUCAAUUAAAUUGUGUGUGUGCAUGUGU